UAGUUGAGGGGGUGUGUGAUAGUAACUAGCAAGUUGAAAGGGAAGAAGAGUGGUGGGUGGGAAUAGAAAUAGUUCUACUAUUUGUGUUUGUGGUGUUCGUGAGUGAAAAGAAAAAAGAGAGGAAUUAGAGAGGUGACGUGGCACAUCCAAACUCCAUUUCUCUAUUAAAUUCCCAAAUCUCAUUCUUUCCGGUCACCGCAUCUUUCUUCCCGUCAACACCGUGCCCACCGGGUAAAGGUUUCUUCAAGUUUGUGGACAAGCUUUAAUGUACUACAGAAGCAGCAAUAUUGCGGCUAGGAUUUUUGAUCGCCAGAUUUCCACUCCUGCUCCUGGCACUAGUGUUCAUCAUGCUCGGCGAUUCUAUGAAAAUUUGGUGCCAAGUUACACGGUAUAUGAGGUUGAGUGCCCAGACCAUUCAUUUCGUAAAUUCACAGAUGAUGGUCAAUACCUUAUAAGUUUCAGCAGAAAUCAUCAAGAGUUGAUUGUUUAUAGGCCUAGGUGGCUUUCUUUUUCAUGCAAUGAUGACGAUUGUGAUAAACAUGAUUUGCCAUCGAAAGCAAGGAGAUUUGACAGUUUUUUCACCCAAUUAUAUUGUGUAUCACUUGCUUCUUGCAAUGAACUCAUAUGUAAAGAUUUCUUUCUUUACAUGGAUAGUAAUCAAUUUGGACUCUUUGCCACUUCUACGGCUCAAAUUCACGAUGCACCUGCUGUUGGAGGAGCUGUCCAGGGUGUUCCUUCAAUAGAAAAGAUAACUUUUCACCUUUUGAGACUGGAAGAUGGAGAGAUCUUGGAUAGGAAGGUCUUCAGUAAUGACUUUGUUAAUUUGACCCAUAAUAUGGGUGUCUUCUUGUAUGAUGAUCUAUUGGCAAUUGUAUCACUUCGCUAUCAAACUAUACACAUUCUUCAAAUUAGGGACUCUGGAAACCUUGUUCAUGUACGUGCUAUUGGGGAAUUCUGCCGUGAAGAUGACGAACUGUUUCUCAAUUCAAAUGCUCAGGACAUUUCUUCAUCUGACAAAAAUAAACAGCACCAGUCAACAGAGAACCAUGUAGAGAAUCAGAUGCAUCAAGGUCAGCCUCAUAUGGGGAAUUCUUUUCUAAGUGGUAUAAAACAGCGAUUGCUUUCAUUCAUAUUCCAGGGACUAUGGAAUGAAGAAAGUGAUGAUACUUUGAGGAUGCAAAGACUUAGGAUGAAGUUUUACUUCCACUUUCAAGAUUAUGUUGAUUUGAUUAUCUGGAAGACAAUGAGGAACGUAACCAGUUGCAUCUAUUCAAUUCUUGGACAGGUGCAAUUCUUGGAUCGACACCACUUGCUAAUCAAGUUUGGUAGUGUAGAUGGAGGGCCUCAGGUGUCAAGAAAUGCCGAUCACCAUCCAGCUUUUGUUGCUGUAUAUAACAUGGAUACAACUGAAAUUGUAUCAUUUUAUCAGAAUUCAGCAGACGAGCUUUAUCUGUUGUUUGAGAAGUUUUGUGACCACUUUCAUGUAACAUCAAGGAAUUCAAUGUAUAUGAAUUUCGUAUCAUCUCAUUCAAAUAAUAUUCAUGCACUGGAACAGCUGCGAAGCAUAAAGGAUAAGGCAAGCAACUCUUCACAGUUUGUGAAGAAGAUGCUUGCUUCUUUGCCUUUUAGUUGUCAGUCACUGAGUCCUUCUCCUUACUUUGACCAAUCUCUUUUUCGGUUUGAUGAUAAGCUGAUUUCUGCAACUGAUCGGCAUAGGCAAUCAACUGACCAUCCAAUCAAGUUCAUUUUAAGGAAUUAUCCACACUCUCUCAAAUUUAAGAUCAAACCAGGUCCUGAAGCUGGUAGUAUGGAUGGUCGUGCAAAAAAGAUAUCUUCAUUUCUUUUUCAUCCAAUUUUACCCUUUGCUCUCUCUAUUCAACAGACUUUGUUCUUGCAGCCUUCAGUUGUAAAUAUUCACUUUCGAAGAUGACCCUAGAUUUGCUUUUUUCUUCCAUUGCAAUAUCUUUUUCACUGAAUCUAGAGGAGUUGAUACUUGUAAAAUGUAUGUCAAUCAGAUCAGAUUCUAUUGCUUUCCUCUCACAAUUGAUGUUAGUUUUAUAUUUUCGCCAGA